AUUGAGAAAGUAUUACGAAUCCUGGGAUUUUCAUUUGCAACGACUACAGCUAUACAAGUAACAUCCAAGCAAGAGAAAUACACAAAGGACGAAUAUUAUGGAAUGUGGACUAACACUCGCAAGACAAUGUUCUUUCAAACAAAGCAACGAAAAGUACAGAGCUACAGUCAUAUGGAAAGAUUUAGUCAUGUCAUUUCGUGCUCGUGUUGUUUGUAAGAAAAAGCGAAGACAUUUGAAAAGUUUUGAAAAUUGUUUUUCCGGAUCAUCAGCCGUAAAUAAGCUAUUUCAAAUUCUGCAAGAAAACGAAAAUUUUCCUCAAGAAAUUACGAAGGAACAGGCCGUCAAACUUCUGCAAAAGUUUCUUUCGGAGCAUGUCAUCGAAGCGGUGGAUGGUCAGUGGGAAAAUGAAACUUUUUCUGAUUCAAGCAAAUUAUACAGAUUUGCAGAUUGGAAAGAUGGAUACGCAAAUACCACGCCAACAAAGAAUAAAUAUAAGAUAAAAAGGCAUCACGGAACUGAUAAAUUAACCAGAAAAAUAUUUCGUGGAUUGAAUUAUAUCGAAGAAAUAUCAAGUCCAACAGUUGUAAAAAAAGCUAGAAGAUCAGGAGUAUUUACAAGAAUACAUGCAAUCACUCAAAAUGUUAGAUAAAGUUCAAGUUAAACACUUUACUAUACAUCGCGUACAUUCAGUUACACAGAAUGUGAAAAUCAAAUCAGUGUGAAAAAAUGACUCGAAUAGGAGGAGAAGUCAAAGGAUACAUCUCAACAAUGAAUGUACAACAACGGAAACAAACAAACCGAGAAAUUUUUCACGUCACGAUAAGACAAUUAUGACGUAACAUACAGGUACUCUUUCAACAUGAUGUUUCUAAAAACCAGCACGUAAAAACACCGUUCGGACGCAUUCAGCCAUGAAGAAUAUAUAUGGUUUAUCUGAUCAGGGGGAACGAAUGGAUCCUUUACUCAGAAAAUCAGAAGUAAAACAAUCAUGUCAAGAUGGAAAUGAUUCCUAACAACGAUGCAGUUUAUUUGGAUAACAAUAACUCAAGAAAUUUAUCACAUCACAAUGUUCUGAUGAGUCUCCGGGUGGGGAGGAUUAUGACUAAGCUAUAUAUAUUCCUUCGACACAGAAUUCUAAAAAUCCUGCUAAUUUGACAAUUGAAUACUCUGGAAACACUUAUCACUUUGCACAUAAUUAAUCAGAAUAACCUAUGCCAGGGAUGUGCAACCUGCGGCCCACGGAUCGAAUGUGGCCCACAAGGAAAACUUGUGCGACCCGCGGAGAAGGUACAAUUUUGAAGGGUGUGCGACCCGCGAAACGAGUUUUCAAUUUGGUUUAAUCUAGUACGUGCAAUUCCUCUGCGUUGCAAAGCCUAUAUCUGAGCUUGUGCCAAGCGAACAACGCAUGUCACAAGAUCAAUACUCAAAAUUGUCGUGUCUGCAGCUACUAGGAAGUACAUAUUAAGGCGCGGCCCACAGUUUCACCCAUUUAUUUGUAUCUGGUACCUUUGCUUCAAAUGUUACACAUCCCUGACCUAUGCUAUUGAACCAAACGUUACAGAAGUUCACGGUGGCUGGUUGAACGUUAUGGAGAAACAAAAGAUAAUCUUUUCUAUUAAUUCCUAUUUAGUUCUUCAAUAUGGUUCUUAUAUUUUACGUUUUGCACUAACUGUUCCAUAUUAUUUCCUUUAUGUCCAUUUUUUAUUUAUUUUUUGAUUCUUUUAUACAAUUUUUGAAAUAUAUUCAUUACAAUGAA